AUGGCCGGCCGUGGCCCGCGGCGCCUGCCGCUCCCGCCCGCGCCCGCGCCCGCGCCCGCGCCCAAGCCGCCAUCCGCCCUGGACCGCCGAGACAGCCCUGGCCCCGCGCCGGCCACUCCCACCCGCCUGCCUGCCCCACGCCCGUCCCAGGCGCACUCGCAGCCGUCGUACGUGCUGCUCGCGGAGGAACGCUUUUCAAAACGGUGUGUUCGAAAUUACCACCUGAACAACCUCCGCACCUCUACACGCGCCGCAAGAGCCCUCGAUGCGUAUACGCAACAGCAUGUUGCGUAUACGUUGGUACUUCGAACGAUGUCCGAUGCGUGA